AUGUCGUCCCAAAAGUACCACCAGAAGAGGGUCGGGUACCUGGCCGCUGUCCAGAGCUUCCGUCCUGAUACUGAAGUGCUCAUGCUUGCUACAAAUCUUCUGAAGAAGGACCUGUCGUCGACACAAGCGACCACCAUCUCCCUACCAAUGGCUACGCUGCCGCACAUCAUCAACCCUUCCCUCGCCCUCUCGACCCUCUCCGACCUCCUCCCACGCCUCGGUCACUCGAACCCGGCCAUUCGCAAGAAGACCAUUGUAACGCUGUACCGCCUAGCGCUGGUGUACCCGGAGACGCUGCGCGCGGCGUGGCCCAAGAUCAAGGAGCGGCUGAUGGACAAGGACGAGGAUCCGAGUGUCACGGCCGCCAUUGUCAACGUGGUGUGCGAACUGGGAUGGAGGAGACCGCACGAUUUCUUGCCGCUGGCUCCCAGGCUAUUUGAGCUCCUUGUCGAUGGCGGUAAUAACUGGAUGGCCAUCAAGCUGAUCAAACUGUUUGCGACCUUGACGCCGUUAGAACCUCGCCUCGUUCGAAAGUUGUUGCCACCUCUGACUGAGCUGAUCCGGACGACACCAGCCAUGUCACUACUCUACGAGUGCAUCAAUGGCAUCAUCCAGGGAGGUAUUUUAGGCAGCGCGGACGACGUCUCAGGCAGAGAAGAAAUCGCGACGCUUUGCGUGAAUAAGCUCAGGGGCAUGAUCAUGGUGGAUGGCGACCCAAACCUGAAAUAUGUUGCAUUGCUCGCAUUCAACAAGAUUGUCGUGACACACGCGUUCUUGGUGGCACAACAAGAAGAUGUCAUUCUUGAGUGUAUCGACAGUGCUGAUAUCACUAUCCGUAUCAAGGCCUUGGACCUCGUUCAGGGCAUGGUCAGCAGUGACAACCUGGUAUCUAUUGUGAGCCGUCUGAUGAAGCAGCUCAAGUCAUCUGCGCCAAAGAGAGACCGGCCAGGGGCACCCCUCGGCCCAGACACGGGAAUGGACUCGGAGGAGGAAGCAGAGAUCGAGAUACACUCACCGACCAAGGCUCAGGAAGAGCCACCACUUCCCGACGACUACAGGAGCGACGUCAUCGGACGGAUCCUGACCAUGUGCUCGCAGAACAACUACAGCAGCUUGACUGAUUUUGACUGGUACAUCGACGUACUUAUCCAGCUUGUCCGCAUGGCGCCAACACCACGAUCAGUUGAGACCGAACUUGACUCGGUCGCUGCGUCUGGAAAGUCAACCGCCGGAGACGUAUCAGGGAGGAUCGGAGACGAGCUGAGGAACGUCGCGGUAAAGGUUCAUGCGCUACGAGGGGCGGCGGUCCGCGCCGCCGACCUCAUCAUUCAACAAAUGAAUGCGGACACACCCGCCGGUCACUCGCUCUCAUCAGCAUCGCUGAAGUCGACGUCUUGGUUGGUCGGAGAGUACGCAAACCAGCUGGCAUACCCUGAAGACACUCUAGGAAACCUACUACGCACAUUAUCUCGCACAAAUAUCCCCGAUAUUCUUACGACUAGUCUGCAGGGCGUCACAAAGAUAUUCGCCUACAUUGCAGGGAAUGAAGGUCAGCCAUGGACUCCUGAAUGGAAAACAAAGAUCUCGCUGCUUUUGGCGCGCGUCAUUCACACGUUGGAGCCGCUUGCUCUUCACCCGAACCUUGAAGUUCAGGAGAGAUCCGUCGAAUUUAUUGAACUUCUGAAGCUUACCGCAGAGGCGGCCUCUGGUCAGGCGGCGUCAACCGAGCAUACUCACCAGGACCCCCCGUUGCUGCUGACCCAGGCCAUUCCAUCUUUGUUCCAAGGGUGGGAGCUCAAUUCCGUCGCUGUUGGAGCGCAGCGGAACGUUCCCAUGCCGGAAGGCUUGGACCUGGAUGAACCAAUCCAUCCGAACCUGGCACAUUUGCUCGCCCAGGCUGAUGUGAUACCAAUGGAGGCCAACGACGCGGACGACUUUGAGGUGUACUACCAUCAGCGCCCGGCGCCUACCAGCAUAUCCUCUACUGAACCAGCCAUCAGCAGGAUCGCCGACGUCCCGGCAGAGGAGGUUGUCAGCUCGUACCAGCAGCAGGCGACGGAAGACAGCUACCUGGACGCAGACAUCGUGGCCAGGAGAAAAGCCGAGCGCAAUGAGCGCAACCGCGACGAUCCCUUCUACAUCGCCGCCCCUGACGCGGCACCCAGGACGUCGACCCCGAUACACAACAUUCUUCAAAAGGAGAACGGCCCAGAUCUCGACAUAGACUCUAUACCGAUAAUGCAGUUGGAUCUCGACAAGCUGGGCAGCUCGGCACCCGGUCCCACAUCUCCCAUCAACCGACCGCAACCGCGACCGAGGCAGAGGGUCGUCAUCGCCGCGGACGAGACACUCGCCGGCAGCGGCGUCUCCACACCUCGCAAUUACGAAUCGGAGAACAACUCGGACAGCUUCACCAAGUCGCGUGCCAAGAAGCUCCGCCAGGGUCUCUUGCACGUCGACUCGUCCACGCUCGGCUCCCUCAGCCUCGAGGGCGACGCAGCGUCGUCCAGCAAUACGCCGUUUGACUAUGAGCGGCAGCAGCGCGAGGAGGCGGAGAUGGCGCAGGCGAUGAAGGAGGUCGAGAGGCUCCGCCUCGAGAUGCAGCGCGCCAACGAGCGCAUCCAGGUCGCGCAGGGCGUCGACGUUGCCGGCACGGUGGUGAAGAAGAAGACCAAGAAGAGCAAGAAGACGGAAAAGGCUGGGGCCGGGGCCGGGGCCGGGGCCGGCGAGGGGUCGGCUGUCAAGACGAAAAAGAAGAAGAAGAAGGCCGCCGUCGCCGACGGCGGUGCCGCGCCGCCCGCUGUGCUCUUGACGGACGACGCGGAAAAUAGUGCUGGCGGCGGGGAGGACAGCGCGCUGAUACCGCCUCCCGAGACGGCCGUUGAGGGGUCCGGGGAGGGCGGCUUCGAUGCUGCUGGUCCGCCGGUCGUCGUGCCCAAGAAGAAGAAAAAGAAGAAGACGACCAAGAUGGCUGAGAUUGCGGGUGAUAGUGGUUGA